UCCCCAUUUCCCUAAGUGACUUCUGAAGGGUUCCUCACUUGCGGGGAUGCUCGGCCCCUCUUUCUAAAGCACUGCCGGUGCGGACAGGAGCAAAGGGUCACCUCGGCCGCGCUCUGGGCUCGCACCCCACGAGCAGCGCCACGUUGCCAGCCGGGCCUCGGCCUCCAGCUUCCCCAUCCUCCGCCCUAGCCUCGGCCCUGCCGGCUCCACUUCCGCACGUCCCUGGAUGGAGACGCGCCACGGCCCCGCAGCAGCCUCGCGGGUCGCCCGGAGACCCCAGAUUGAAGUGAGUGAAUUCAAAUAUAAUUCAAGCUUAUUAGAGGGCUUUUAAAAAAAUAAGUUGAUUUGGUGCAUGAGAGCAAGUUGCUGCUGCUUACAGGUGCUUGCCUGAAUUGCAAUAAAGGACUCAUAUAUUGAGCAAGACUUAUUUAUCUCUUCGUUUUGGAGAGCCUAAUAAACUGUUAUUACAGUUUCUCUACUGACUUUGAAAAGUUUUGAAGUUUGAACGAGACACCUUUGCAAUUAACACAGCAUGAGUACGGCCAGAACAGAGAACCCUGUUAUAAUGGGUCUGUCCAGUCAAAAUGGUCAACUGAGGGGCCCUGUGAAGCCCAGCGGUGGCCCCGGAGGAGGGGGCACACAGACACAGCAACAGAUGAACCAGUUGAAAAACACCAACACAAUCAAUAAUGGCACUCAACAAGCACAGAGUAUGACCACCACUAUUAAACCUGGUGAUGACUGGAAAAAGACUUUAAAACUCCCUCCAAAGGAUCUAAGAAUCAAAACUUCGGAUGUGACCUCCACAAAAGGAAAUGAGUUUGAAGAUUACUGUUUAAAACGGGAGUUGUUAAUGGGAAUUUUUGAAAUGGGCUGGGAAAAGCCAUCUCCUAUUCAGGAGGAGAGCAUUCCCAUUGCUUUAUCUGGUAGGGACAUCUUAGCUAGAGCAAAAAAUGGAACAGGCAAAAGCGGUGCCUACCUCAUUCCCUUACUUGAACGGCUAGACCUGAAGAAGGACAAUAUACAAGCAAUGGUGAUUGUUCCCACUAGAGAACUUGCUCUACAGGUCAGUCAAAUUUGUAUCCAGGUCAGCAAACACAUGGGAGGGGCCAAAGUGAUGGCUACUACAGGAGGAACCAAUUUACGGGAUGAUAUAAUGAGGCUUGAUGAUACAGUGCACGUGGUGAUCGCUACCCCGGGCAGAAUUCUGGAUCUUAUCAAGAAAGGAGUAGCAAAGGUUGACCAUGUCCAGAUGAUAGUGUUGGAUGAGGCAGAUAAGUUGUUGUCACAAGAUUUUGUGCAGAUAAUGGAAGAUAUUAUUCUUACGCUACCUAAAAAUAGGCAGAUUUUACUAUAUUCCGCUACUUUCCCUCUUAGUGUACAGAAGUUCAUGAAUUCCCAUCUGCAGAAACCCUAUGAGAUUAACCUGAUGGAGGAACUAACUCUGAAGGGAGUGACCCAGUACUACGCAUAUGUAACUGAGCGCCAAAAAGUGCACUGCCUCAACACACUUUUCUCUAGGCUUCAGAUAAACCAGUCGAUCAUUUUCUGUAACUCUUCUCAGAGAGUUGAAUUGCUAGCCAAGAAGAUUUCUCAACUGGGAUAUUCUUGCUUCUAUAUACAUGCUAAAAUGAGGCAGGAACAUCGAAAUCGUGUGUUUCAUGAUUUCCGAAAUGGCUUAUGCCGCAAUCUUGUUUGCACUGAUCUGUUUACCCGAGGUAUUGAUAUACAAGCUGUGAAUGUGGUAAUAAACUUUGACUUCCCAAAGUUGGCAGAGACUUACCUUCAUCGUAUUGGAAGAUCAGGUCGCUUUGGUCAUCUUGGCUUAGCUAUCAACUUGAUCACUUAUGAUGAUCGCUUCAACCUGAAAAGUAUUGAGGAGCAGCUGGGUACAGAAAUUAAACCUAUCCCAAGCAACAUUGACAAGAGCCUAUAUGUGGCAGAAUACCAUAGUGAGCCUGUGGAAGAUGAGAAACCUUAACAAGCAUGCCUUGACAAACUGCAGAGGCUCCUUUGGAUCUGUGACAUAUUAUUUUUGCGUGGGGGGGGGAUAUGCUCUUCUCUUUGUGGGUUUUUUCGUCUUUUAUUUUGGAACUAUGAAGACUUAAGAGCUCAGACAUUUUUCUUUUUUUUUAACUGGUGAAGAGAAACUGAAAAGAAGAAAUAGACCUUUUUUGUUCCACUUGUUUGCACUGUGUGCUGACUGAACAUUAGUUGCACUAACUGCUGGUUUUAAAUGUUUUCUGGGGAAAGGGGACAAGGAAGGAGGAACAAGAAGAGAAGGGGAGAAACCCUAAAAAGAGAAGACUCUUAAAGAACACACAAGCUUGUCUACAAUUCCACAGUUUCAAACAGCUGACUACUGCAUUUCAACUUCUCCCUGAUUAGUCAUCCGUUUUUAAGCCUGAAGAGCUUAUUACUUAUUUGUGCGAAGUGCCUUAUGCUAUGAGACCAUUCAGAAUAUCAUCUUUUAGACUCAGCCCAAGGAAUCAACAGUCAUUUUCUGUUAUUUUCUAUUUCCUUUUUUUCCUUCAUCUCUUCAUUUUGGUUUCAAGUUGAAGUCUUUCUUCCUGUUACUAGUGCUCAAGCCCAGGGCUGGAAGAUGGAACUAGUAAUGUUAAACCAUUUUCUUUUUCUUUAUAUGGAGGAGUUGAUAUGCAACUGCAGUGCAUCCACACUGUAAAUACAUGUGUUUAAAAACAAACCCAAGUAGAAUUUUCUCCUGGGCUGAGCAGAUCCAACAUCAUCGCUCCCAAAGGAAAGAGCAGUCUAUCGUUGCAGGAGCCAUAUGACAAGCCUUUGUGCUCUAUAGCAGAACACUAAAGACUGGUUUACAUACACCUCCAUUAACAGUAUGGCACUUGAUGUGUAGACUUGUCAGAGCCUUGACCUCUUUCCUCUGUGGCAAAGCGAGUCCCAUAGAAAAUUGGAUGUGUAUAUUGUAUAAACUUUUGUAAAUAAGUUUUUUUUCUGGGUUCAUAUAUAUAUAUAUAUAUAUAUAUACAUAUAUAUAUAUUUUUUUUUUGGAUGAAGGUUGCUGGGAUUAAGGGGAUUAGAGUGAUUAUGGGAGCAGCUAAAGAUGAGAGGGGCUCAGUUUUUUGCAACACUAAAUUCUAAAAAGUGCUUUGGCCUCUUACUGUAGAAAGCAAACCUCUUUGGGGACCCUGUGUUAGAGACGGGGCCCAGAAGUCUAGGAUGUACUCUUGCUGCCACAGUACACGUUUGGAGCAGUCUUACCAGAAAGCAGGGAAGUUUCAGCAAUCUGUAAUUCACAGUGAUUUUUUUUUUUUUUAAUGAAGCACUGUGACUUUAGUUCUCCUUUUCUAAAAGUUUGAGGAACUUUCCAAGUUCUGCAAAGGGGGGAACAAGGGUUAAUCUUCCUUGCAGGGUGAGAAUCCUGUUGAGUGGCAGUGUCUUUGAGCAGAACAUGUAUAAAGCACAGAUUUGCAUUUCAGAACAUUAGCCAGCACCAUCUAUGGUAAGCUUAGCAGUUCUGGAGCUCAGCUGUCUGUGGAUCACCUCCACAGUGUGUGAAUGUGUUGCCUCUGCCCACCUUGAUCCAUGAACUGCAGUGACAGCGACCCUUGAGAGCUGUUGAACUUCCAUGCUACAGAAAGCUGCUUGCCUUCUCUGCGCCAUGACAAGAAUUGUUACCUGUCAUUUUGCAUUGUAAAUUGCUGGCAAAUGCUUUGGUGAAUAGUGUUGCUUUAAAUUGUGCCCCUCCCAACAUGCUUGAUGUUUGGCCUGAUCUCCAGGCAAAAAGAGUGAGAUGAAUCAAAACCAGUGAACUUUUUUUUUUUAAAUGUUUUUAAUUCCCUUUUAACCCAGUGUACUAAGUCGAUCAGGAGGCAUCUAGGGAACAAAAAAAAGCAAAAAACUAAAUUUAAAAAAUUGAUUUCCAUACACCAUCAUUCUUCUAAAUCUUAAAACACAUUACAAGUUACGUCAUGUGUGUGCUUUCAUGCUUAACUCAUCUGGAUAAAGAAAUCAGUUAUUCGAAGUUGCUUUUUUGACUGCCUAGUUCUAAGCAAAACUAUUUGUGACUCACCCAAAAUUCCUUGGGGAUCAAAAUCCUGCAGAUGCCUCCUGAUCAGACAUAGCCCUAACUCCUUAACAACUGUAGCAAGAGCUGCACAGUACAAACCCCAAAAGCGCAAAUUCCUUUAUUUGGAACCUUCCUUUAUUUGGCUCUGUCCAGUCAAUCUUGGUUACUAAAUAUAAACCAAAUUAAGGAAGUCAUUUUUCCAAGGAGGGUGGGGGGAGGGGAUUUAACCAUGUCACCUUUUGACCAACAAAUCUUGCCCCUGUACUGAUGCAGCUCUCUUCCCCACCUUAGGCGAGAUAAGAGGGACCUUUCAUGAAGAACUUCAGUAAGGAGUCUAAAUGCAUUGUUAUCUCGCCAAAGGGGGUGUAGUUGAUUCAGCGGAAAGCAAAGUGCAGUCUCCUUUGCCAACUUUGGACUGCUCUGCCUGGUGCCACAUGCCUAUGGGUCCCUCUUAAAGCACAGACUUAAAAUUGAAAGUAUUACUGAAGUACAACCUCUAACGAGGAGUGGCACUUAGACUAGCCAGGGCACCACGAUUGGACACUGCCCUAGAGAGGCAGCAGUUGGUUUUGGUGCUUGAUUCAAAUAGGAAUUCAGGAAAGAUGCUCUGCUGACUAGGCCAAAGCCUGGUCUUUUUUUUUUUUUUUUUUUCCUGUUUUUUUUUUUUUUUUUUUUUUUUUUUUUUAAAUCCCUCAUAAUAAGAACAUUACUACUGUUGGAGAUUGUCUUUCAGGUUCUUUUCAGCAAUUUUUUUUUUUAAAGGCAAUGGUUAUGGUUUUUUUUCCGGUGGUUCAUUUGGAUGAGAACUAUGUCCUUUUUUCUUUUUUAAGUAUUCAAACUAUAUCCAACUCAUGGACUCAUGGUUUAGUCUCCUGAUUAUAUAGUUGUGUAAUAAGUUACAGACUGUUACACACCUUGUCGCCUUUGGGCCCAUUUUGUUUUUCUCUCCCUUUAUGUCCUGAAGGUGAAAGAAACUUUUCUCUUAGAAGUAGAAUACAUUUAUCAUAAAAUGAUUUUUUUCCUGGAAAGAAGGGAAGAAAAACCUAACUAUAUUUCUAAAUUAUUUCCAAUGGGUCCCAGUAUCCUGACACUGAGGUGGUCCAAAAUGGUGGGGUGGGGUGGAUGGGAGGUUGUCAUUACUUGUUUUCAGAAUGAGAUGGGAGCAUCUUUCCUUUGCCACUCACUCUGUGUUUGAUACCAUCAUGCUUGGUUAGAAUAAGACAACUUGACAGAAAGCUGUGAGUGUGAACUGUUGGAAUCAAAACAUCUCAUUCUGAUCACUUGGUUUAAUUUUUUUUCUUUUUCUUUUUUAAAUAGGGGUGGGAGGGAGGGUGCUGUGUCCCAAAAGGGAGGGUGUCUGCACUAAGGAUUUAGAAACACUUUGGAAGCGCAUAACCUCAUCAGAAACUGCCUUUAGCCACACUCCUGACCACCUAGAUGAGUAACAAAAGGAUGAAAUCAGUUCUUGGGAAUUAAGCCAUGUUAUUUUAAUUCCAUACCUUUAUUUUUCAGCAUUCUAUGUAUCUUUAAAAUUGUUAUUAUGGAAUAAUUUUCUUGCCCAGUAUCUUUGUCAAUCAAAAUUAUUGGCCUCAUGGGAACUGAAGUGUAAGCCAGCUUUUAGGUGGACUUUGAGGAGUUUGUAGUUAUACUUUAUAUAGGUAAAGAUUUUUAAAACUCCCAAAGCAAAUCUCUUCUCUGAUCUAAACACUCAUCUUUGGAGUAAAGAGUUAAGUGUCCAAAGGUUGUAACGAUUGUGAGGUCAGAGGGAGCUAGCCUAGCACCUGGACUGCCCCUCCACAGCUGACAGACUCCAGAAGUGUUUUUAAAUCUCCAGUAGACUGUGCUGGGCGGGGCAGGGGAGGGUUGGGGCUGGGUUAGUAAGAUACAGGCUGCUGUAUUUUAACCAGUGGUUGUUGGGGAGGGGUGCCUGGAGAAAACAAAGUCACUUCCCUUUUUUGAAACAAAUUUGGAAAAAAAUAUAAUUUUUGUCCUGUAAAAAUGGGAGAAAAUUCUAAUGUCCCUAGCCACAAGGGACCAUUUCCACUGCAAAUAGUGGGAACUUUAAAUUUUGAAAAUAUUUGGGGAAAGGGAAAAUUGGCUUUCUGUUUAAUUGGCAAACGUUCCAGUGGGGGCUCUGUUUUUGUUGGGAUGUGUUAUGUUGUAUGUGUUUAUGGACCAGAGUCUACUGAGUUUAGAAGGUUCAGAAAAGAUGCGUGGGAAAAUCUUACUACUUUUGUUAAUUUAUCCCAAUAAAAGCCCACUGGAACUCCAAA